UCUUCUUCGUCAUCUUCCAGGUGGUCUGCGUUGUCUUCCCAGUAGUUAUGUUCAUCCUUAUUUAUUUAAAUAUCUUGGCUUGUGUCGGCAGAUUGUGUCCUCACUUUUUUGUGAGAUCGAUUUCAAUUUGAUGCAUAGAUUGAUUUGGUGAAUUAUUUUGCUUUCAUUUGUUUAUUCUGUCUAUAAGUUGGGCCAAUGAAUAAUUUGCCCAAAGUUGAUUAAAGAGUGGGAAUCAAUGAAUUAAAAUAUUUCUAUUAACAAACAUGCUCUUUAAUUUUUUGAGGUUUGACCUCAAUCAUCCACCCGAGAGACAAAUGCUUCCUUGCCUCUCCCUGCCAUUCUCUCCAAUUUGUAAAGGGAAAAUUUCCAGGAUAUUAAUAAUAAAUUAUUAUUAAUUUAUUAUUAUUUGCUUUUACCAAACACAAUAUAGUAUAGUUCAUAGCGCAAUGAAGGCAAAAAUCCAUCCAUUAUGAUGUAUUAUAUAAUUGAAAAAUGCAGAGAAAUACAUAAAAGGCCAAAACAACAUUUAAUGUUCCCAAGUUUGAUCACUCUGCAAUUGCCAAGGGUGACCACAUACAAAAUAACUAUAGUUUCCUACUCCUAAACAGAUUCACAUGGCAUAUGAAUAUCAUAGUUCUCGAAGAAAUAUUGAGGCUACAUGUUUAUUGUUUAACAAUGAAUGUAUUCUUUUGCAUUGUACAGGAAUUAAUUCAAUCCAAAUAUUCACAUUUUUCAGGAAUAUUUGAAUCUGUACCACCCAAAGGUCAUCAAACCCAUUCAAUAUUAUAAGAUUAUUCUAAAUGGGUCCAUUCAUUUUUGACAUUGCAUAAUAUAUUUUUCCUGAUAAUAAUCUAUUAAAGUGGGGUGCACUAUUAUUUUUGCUAUAAUAAAAAAAACAUAUUUGAUUUCGGGAAAUGCCUUUUAUUUUAACAAACAGACCUGUUCUUGAUGAUUCUGAGGGUUAAAACUGGAAAAAGGCAUAUUUAGAGGUUAGUUACCAAACGAAUGAAAUAAUUUAGCAUUCAGAUUUAAAGACUUGUUCCAGUUAUAUACAGAAUCCAGUUCACAGAUUCAGAAUUGCAUUCAGCGCUGUCUUUAGAGGUUAGUUACCAAACAACAGAAAUAAUUUAGCACUCUGAUUUAAAGACUGAUUCCAGUUAUACACAGUACCCGGUUUACAGAUUCAGAAUUGCAUUGAGCAUUUAGCGCUGAAUGCUAAAUUUUAUCAAACACCCCCCUUACAAUACCUCCUUGAGGAUCUUGGCCCUUAGUAUCAGAGUCGGAUUCUAUUGGACUUCACUCCUUGAUGGCCUGAUUCUCAGUCCGUCAGUGGCUCGAUCCUUCUUCCUCCUCCUCGCCACUUUGGGAUGCUUGGACCCUUAAAUCCUUCUGCACAAGCCUUUUCACUGCUUGACAGAGCCAGUUUCAAUCCCCACAAGGACACUGCUCUCUCUGUCUAUUCCCCCAAUAUUUGUUUAUGGAUGAAGCAUAACUGGAAUUGCAUAGACAAUUUGAGCUUGGGACUGCGAGAUAGAGAAGGGCAUGAAAGAAAAACUUGGAACACAAUUGACAACAAAGUUUUGAAUGUUGGGGAAGAGCUGCAGAAGGAAACUCUUCCAUUACAAAUGGGUUCUCGUCUUUACCAACUGCAAGGGCUCAAGUCAAAUACUUGGUACGAAGUGAAGAUUUCCUAUCCAGCUUCUAUUCCUUCAAGCUUUUCUGUACAACUGAGGAAGGGGGUCGUAGAUUUUGGGCUGAAUCAGAACAGAAGAUUACUCAAUACUGAGAAACUAAUUUUCAAGACUGAUAGUCUUAAUUUGCUGGGAGAUCAGGAUGGAAUGUAUGUUCUUGUGACCGUGGAGCCUGAGGGAAUUGUUGCAAUUCCUCGCGCACAGGAGAGGCAGUUUGUCAUUUUCAAUAUAGUUUGCGAUGAAUUAUUAUUAGGGAUUCCGCACAAGGCUUGGUGGGUUGUUAUCUUGGUGUUGCUCUGUUUGGGAUUGGCACUAUUCAUUCCUUGUUUUCUUCCAUCAAAUUUGCUGCGGAGGGACCAUAAUAUGGGACAUGCUGCGCAGCGACUUAUUUCUAAAAAUUCUUGAACAUGAGAUGGUACUCCUCCCUCCAGUUGUUGCCUCUAUUUUGACUCUGGUGUUAUUGCUUAGGAGUCGGGAUGUCAUUUCUUGGUCUUGGGGGAAUUUCAUUUUCCCGUCAGCACAGUUCUUUGCACUUGGUUUUGUGCAGAGGUUAGUUUUGAAGUGAUUCCUCGUUAAUAUCUCUGCUUGACAAGAUCUACAACCUCUCUUUGCAAUUCCACAUCACCCUCUGCUUUGUGAUCUCCGUAAACAGUGCCGCUGUUUACUUUGAGAUGCUCCCCCACUCCCUCCCUCCCCCAUUUCAUAUUUAUUUGUUUCAAUAUUUUGUAAAUAAAAGUCCUUUAAUUUGUACAUCCAGUGAUACCAUAUUUAAAGGUGCUGUUGAUUUUGGUUCGUGAGAUUUAGGGCACAAUCUGCUGUUUUGUUGCAAA